AAUGACGCUCGCGUAAUAAACCUCCGUCAAUGCACAGUCACCGCCUACCCAGAAACCAAACAAACUAAAUCUCGGUUUUCCUUCUCUCAUAUUUUGUGCUGCUCGUAUUUUUUUCCUGCCACAUUACCAAAGGUUUGUGGAAAAUGUAGUCUUUCGUGUAAAGGCGUGGCUGUUGUGUGUUUAGUUAGCAUGAGGCAUUCGCUUUAGGAAACAGUGAAAAAGAACUGGCAUACCGGAGUACUGAAUAGUGAUCUUAAGCGUCUUCUGAUACCGCCAAGACAAUUUAUUUGUCCUGAAGUUUGACACAUCUGCCUGUUUACUUGGUUGCCAGCGCUAAUACGCACAGUUGCAACACACUGCACUGCAACUUCCAGAAUGCCUCACUUCCCGAAGGGCGCUGUCACUUGCAGGAGUUCCGCCCCAGUGGCACCGUGAUUGGACAAGUCAUAGCGCGCUCGUCUGUUGAUUGGAGUAGACGAAUCUCAUUCGCAUGCCGUCCACAAUUUGCGAUAAAACAUUCUUAUUACUGGCGUUUGGCGACAGAAUGGUGUAAGCAAUAUUGCAGGUCAAUGUAUUCCAUCAGAAGAGGCGUUUUGCCAGUAUGACUGAGAACCCAGCUUUCUUAAAAGAAAAAGAUGCUCACUCUCUUCUUAAACGGCUGCCUAGAGCCAACGGUUUCCUGGAAGAAUUCAGACAAGGAAACAUUGAGCGUGAGUGCAUGGAAGAGAUUUGUAGCUACGAAGAGGCUAAGGAAGUCUUUGAAAACAAAGAAAAGACGAUGGAAUUUUGGAAGAACUAUAUCUACACUGUAAGCAGCAACUCUGGGUCAAGGACUGAGCGCACUGAAGCUAUGUAUAUGGUGGUGCCACUUCUGGGUGUAGCAUUACUCAUCAUUAUUGCACUUUUUAUUAUAUGGAGAUGCCAACUACAGAAAGCCACAAGGCGUAGGCCUGCAUACUCACAGAACCGCUAUCUUUCAAACCGGACAUCUCGUAGUUUGCCUCGUAUUAUGGUGCAUAGAGAGGCAUCUCAUACGGUGCCUGAGCAGCCACAUCAUGAAAUGAAUUCCAGAGCGGGUGCUAUAGAGCGCACUGUAACAGGAAACAGACAAUGGUGCACACUCAAGCAGACUCUCUAUGUCCAGGAUUCUUCAGUCUCCAUUGCUUCACGGCUUUCAAGUGCCACUCCUCCUCCAUCAUAUGAAGAAGUAACGGGACAUAUGGAAAGCAGCAGUGAUGAAAACACUACACCUUACAGUGAACCUCCACCAAAAUAUGAGGAGAUUGUUAGACAAAAGUGAACUGUUUUACUUGUGACAGGUUAUAAGGACAAAGAGCUGCUAGUGGAAGGAGAAGGAAGAUGGCUUCAUCUUUUUUCUCUGGUAAUGCUGCAGUGACUGUGUCUAUCCAGGCAUCCUAAGGUAACCAAACAGAAUUUGGUAUUGUAUAGUAGUCCUGACUGAAAUGGGGAUAAAAACUGUCACUGAUUAUCUUGUGACAGAAAUGGUUUGUAAGCACACUGCAAAUAUCUACUCUUUGAAUUUAUAAAAUUUAAUGGAAAGGACAAGUGAAAGAGGCCAGUCUUUACCCAUUCCAAACACUGAAAUGAGAGCAAAGUUUAAAAAAGCAGGCUAUUUUGAAAAUAUUUUUAAAAUAUAAAGUCAUCUAAUAGGCAGUAUUAGAAACAAAGAAUAAAAAGCAAUAUGCAUCUUUAGGAACACCAUCAUUUAAAAAUGAAUAAACAGAGUGUGAAAACACAUCUCUUCAUAGCUAGUCUGCUCCUUAAUUGCACAUUUCAUGCAGUUACUAAAAGUGUAGCCAUAUCUUUUACCUUCCUGUUUAAUGACUGCAACACUCUAUAGAGAUUUUUUAGAAGUGACUUACUUUUCAAUAACAGUUGAAUAAGUCAAAACCUGGUUACAAAUGGAAUAAGGAGAAUUCCUGCAGCAGCAGAGAUAUAUAGCUUUUUAUAUACAUGCAUACUUUUAUAGCAAAAGAGGUUAUGCUUUGGUGUUUUAGUUUGAAGGAGUUUGAAUUAAGUAUACGAAAAAACUGCUUUGUUAGGAUGUUCUCAUUCACUUCUAAAUGAAGUAUGGAAAGCUGUGCUCUCUGCUGAGAACUGAAUUGGUGGCAGCUUGCAGGAAAGCUUUAGUGAUACUUUUUGAAAACUCUAGGAAAGGCCAUUUGAAGAUACAAAGCUCUCUGAAAGUAUUCAUUAGAAUGGGAAAGAACCCUAUUAUGUCAAAUGAGAAUAUUAAUGGGGUGUACUGAUGGAAAACUUACUAAGAUGCCAAGCCUUUAAUUGACCAAAGCUCUUUAGAUAGUCGCUUCUCUAAUGGGAUGGACCAAUACAAUUUCCUAAACACCUGAUGCCUUUCUCUGACUCCUUGAUCAUUUGUAAAAAAUAAACAAGACAAACAAUA